ACACGUAGGCACGCUUGUUUUUUUUGUAUGGGGUGGCCUCGGGUGGCCUGGACACACUUGUAGACGUCCUUUUUUUCGUUUUGUUAGCCAUUCGCGUUUUUUUAACCUGUAUCUGGUCAUUCGGUUAAACAUUAAUUUACUUUAUUUGUGGGCUUGUGUGUUUUAUAACUUCGACUGUUGGUGGUGGUAAUGCACCAAAAAGUCGCCUAACGUUCCACAUAUAGAACAGAAGAAGAAACACGGAACUGUCAAAAGGCAUAAUGUAAAUGCUAAAUCCAUGCCUGUACAAAACAAAAACUAGGGUUCAGCGGUUUGAAUCAAUAGGGAACUAUUUUUUAUUCUGUUAGUGCCAAUUAAAACAAUGGCGUCUGAUAGACACCAGUGUUCGUGUUGCUCCCAUCCAGUCUCCUCUCCUAGUGUUUACCAGACGCUGAGUGAAAUGGAUUUUGAACGAGGUGUCUGGUCUGCUGCAAUGAAUGGGGACUUGGAGAGGGUCAGGUCCCUGGUCCAGAAGGGCACAGACCCUAACCUGAGAGACUCAGCUGGAUACACAGCUCUGCACUAUGCAAGUCGCAGUGGUCAUCACGCUGUAUGCAAGUUUCUUCUCGAGAAUGGUGCUUGUGCAUCUCCCCAGACACCAGGCGGUGCCACGCCGCUCCAUCGAUCCGCUUACUGCGGCCGCCUGGAAGUGGUUCGACUCCUGCUGCACCACAGAGCAGAUCCAAUGCUCUGUGAUGACGAUGGUGCAUCUCCUUUACAUAAGGCUGCCGAACAGGGACACGGAGAGGUAUGUCAGCUGCUUGUCGAGCACUGUGCAGCGCUCUGCAGCCAGGUGAACAAGAGGCUCCAGCUCCCCUUCCAGCUGGCACCGCAGGGAGACCUGCAGGAGCUCUUAAAACCACCUCGGUGACACACCGCAUCUGGGGCAUGCUGAGAUCAGACAAAAUGACAUAAGCUCAAAACAUACUAGGUGAGGUCUGCAUAGGUCAGAACACUGAUCUUGACUGGGAUUCACACUACAUUACGUGUGGCUGCUUCUUUCCUCCAUUGAACAUCAGCAACAAGCCAAACUGGAAGGACACAACAUUUCAUUUUCUAAGAAAAAAAAGAUCCAAGGCAUUCUUCUUGUGAAAAUUCUUAUAAAAAGCCUUUAUUUAGAUGGCUGUUUCAUAUCGAAAUCUUACAUUAAGAGUAGAGCUGGGCAGAAACCCACGCGUAUCUGCACAAAGCAGCCUUCUUUAGGGUGUGCAUUUUCUAGCUUCAUACCAUAAACAUUAUCCUGUUUUUCUUUUUUUAGGUUACUGCUUGUGUAGUCUAUAUCCAUGGCGUUCCAAUUCCGGGAUUGCUGCGGUGCCCCCGGAAAUUCCGCCGGUUGUCCCUCUUUUGCGGCGGAUGUCCGUCACCUUCCGAUUUCUUUGUGUUGGAAUUUGA